AUGAUUGUCUUAUUGUAUGUGGAUGAUAUGAUUAUUACUGGCAAUGAUGAAGGGGAGGUUGCAAAGCUUAGGGCUGAACUCUCUAUUCGGUUUGAAAUGAGAGAUUUGGGUGAACUAAAUCAUUUCCUUGGCUUGGAAGUAGAAAAGGUGAAUGAUGGCAUUUUUCUAUCUCAAAAGGGAUAUGCCAAAAAGCUUAUUGAAAGAUUUGGGAUUAAUUCAAGCAAGCUGUGCUCUACUCCUCUUGAUGCCAACAUAAAGAUUAGGCGUAAGGAAGGUAAGCUUCUUUCUGAUCCCCAUCAUUAUCGCGCUCUUGUUGGUAAUCUCAUCUACUUGACUAUUACAAGACCGGAUAUUGCCUUUUCCGUUGGGUUGGUUAGUCGCUAA